GUUACGCCCAGAAUUACAAAUUUCUUCGAACUGCAUGUCGAACAAUGAGAUCGUUUGUCGCCGUUUCUGAAUCCUUAUCGUCAUUGAUAAAACCUUCAUAAAAAAGACUCCGUUCAACAUUCAGACGUCUUACAGAAGCUCUUUUGCAAAUCCCAGAGUAAAAAUAAUUUAUUUUAGAUUUUUACGAUAAGAUUAGCGAUGGUAAACCAUUGUAUAAAAUGGUGGACAACGCUCAUGAUAUGAAAACUCGAGUAUUUCCUCUUCAAUAUGGAACUCAUAGUAAUGUUGAGUGCAUUGGUUGCAUUUGCUACGAUAAGUAGCUGUCAUCCGACCAAUGGAAAACCUUGGACUUUGAUUCCGGACGGAGCCGGUUUCAUGCGCAUGGUAAAUAUCAAUCCCCUUGAUGUGCCUGCUGGAGAGAAUGAAGCUGAUACCCUCUUCAAUCCGGAGCUAGACGUUGUGUUCCGAUUGCACACCAGACGCAACCCUGUUCAUAAUCAGCUCCUGAAGUGGAAUGAUAUGGAUACGAUCAAAAAAUCAAAUUUUGAUCCUGCCAAUCCAACACGAUUUGUGAUUCAUGGUUGGAUAGAAGGUGAGGGAGCCACCUUGCACUGGGUUAUCAAAGAUCACUAUUUGCGUGUCGGGAAUGUCAACGUGAUCAAUGUCGAUUGGGGGGCAGGAUCACAAACUAUAAACUACAUUGCCGCUCGUAAUCGGGUUGCCGCUGUGGGAAUGAUUGUGUCCCGGCUGAUCGAUGUGAUUCGAUACGCUACGGGGCAACCCCGCAGCAUGAUCAAUGUCAUUGGAUUUAGUCUGGGUGCUCACGCCGCAGGGAACGCUGGGAAGAAGCAGGAUGGACUGAUCAAUUCAGUUAUCGGACUAGAUCCGGCCGGACCGUUGUUCUCGAUAGGUCAGGCAGAUAUACUGACGAGCAGUGAUGCUGUUUAUACCGAAGCGAUCUACACCAACGCAGGACAGCUGGCGUUCGACUACCCAUUGGCGCAGGCAAAUUUCUACCCAAAUGGAGGACGCUCGCAGCCUGGCUGUUUUUUGGAUCUUGCCGGUAUAUGUGCCCAUAAUAGAGUAAAUGAACUCUUCGCUGAGUCGGUUUCCACUACGAGUCACUUUGUCGCAAUGCGUUGUGCAAACUAUGAAGAAAUUUUGAGUGCCCGGUGUACUUCUAGUGGACCAUACGCUAACAUGGGCGGUGAGCCAUCUAACCAUGGUCGGGGGGUAAGCGGUGUAUAUCUGCUGAUGACAAACUCGCGAUCUCCAUUCGCGAGAGGAUAGUUUCUUGAGCGAAUUUAUUGUUUUAUCGAGAAAGUAUAUUGAGUCAUUCUUCCAUCUUCUGAAAAUUUCAAAAAGGAAAUGCAUUUCGAAGGAAUCAGCAUUCCCCAGAAAAACUUUACAUUUAAUUAAUUAUAUGGUACAUUUAGCUUGUGAUAAAGAAUGAUCUUAUUUAGAACAUGUAUUGUUGUUUUGUCAUUGUUCGUAUAGACAGACUUGUUUAUUGCAAAUAAUUGGAGAGUUUCUCCAUUUAUUUUAAUUCAGUUAUUAUUUAAAGUAGGCCCCUUUUAAAAUAUUCUUCGAAUACCAACAAAUGAUCUCAUCAAGAAGACGUUUUUGACGUAGGAAUACGUCUUUCGGGAACAUAUUGGGGUACAAAUUGAAAAUCGUAAAUCGAGUACAUCUCGAAAAUUGUCCAAUUUCAAACGCUUAUUGCUCAGUCAUCGGUUCCGGCACUCCAUAACAAUUUUUCAUAUUGAAAAAAAUAAUAUAUGUCAUGAAACUAACUAUCGAACAAUUGAAAAAUCUUAACCCCUAUCCUAACGGAAAUACCCAAUUCUGAUUGGUCGAAAUUGACGAAACAUGUGGCGGAUCCCUAACAGAGACAUCAAAACCAAGCUGCCUGGGGGAAAUCGGCAUUACAAAUAUAUGCAAGUCGGGGACAUUUUUAUAUUGCAAGUAGGGUGAGUGAUAGGAUUGUGAAACAUUUAGCACAAAUGUAAAAGUAAAAUUGUAUAUGGUAGCAGUUGCGUUAAAUAUGAUUUGAUAUAUGAAACGAUUUAUUUCAAUUUUCAUAAAUAAAAACCAAAGUGUGUUCCCGCUUGAGA